AAAAUAGUCCCCCCUCCAAUUUUUAAAUUUUCGGUUAUAAAUAAGCACUUCUUCUCCAAGCAAAGCGAACAGCUUUUACUACCAGAAAAGCAAAAUCAGAAAUCAGAGAGAGAGACCGAGAGAGAGAGAGAGAGAGCUGGUUGUCAAUGGCGACCAAGUUCUUAUCAUUAGCGUGCAUACGAAAUGAGAGUAGUAGUAGUAGUAGUGGUAGUCGAGGCGGUUUAUCGCCUCGGCCUCACUACCCGUCCAUGCCGAAAUACCCCAAAGGCGUGGCGGUUCAGCAAAACGCCAUGGAAGGCUCCGAGACCAAAUCUUUGUUCUCCGUCGUCGGUAUGACUUGUUCAGCCUGUGCUGGUUCCGUCGAGAAAGCCAUCAAGAGACUCCCCGGGAUCCGUGAAGCCGUCGUUGAUGUCUUGAAUAAUCGUGUUCAAGUCCUUUUUUAUCCCGAUUUCGUUAACGAAGAGACAAUUCGUGAGACUAUUGAAGAUGUUGGGUUUGAAGCAUCACUGAUUCAAGAUGAGUCCAAUGAAAGGUCCACUCAGGUUUGUCGGAUUCGUAUAAAUGGGAUGACUUGUACAUCUUGCUCAUCCACUGUGGAGUCAGCUUUGCAAGCAAUUCAGGGUGUGCAAAAGGCACAAGUGGCCUUAGCUACUGAGGAAGCAGAAGUUUACUAUGAUCCAAAAGUUAUAGGUCACAAUCAGCUAUUGACAGCUAUAGAAGACACGGGAUUUGAAGCCAUACUUAUUAGCACAGGGGAGGACAUGAGCAAGAUAGACCUUCAAGUUGACGGUGUAAGAACUGAUAAUUCUAUGAGAAUUAUUGAAGAGUCACUUGAAGCACUCCCUGGAGUUCAGGCCAUAGACUUGUAUCCUGAAUUGAACAAAAUCUCCCUUUCUUACAAACCGGAUAUGACAGGACCAAGAACUUUUAUCAAUGUGAUUGAGACAACUGGUGUGUCCAGGCGUUUCAAGGCCAAAAUAUUUCCUGAUGGAGGUGGGGGUAAAGGAACUCAUAGAAAAGAGGAAAUAAAGCAAUACUAUAGAUCUUUUCUAUGGAGUUUGGUUUUUACUGUUCCGGUGUUUCUAACCUCCAUGGUCUUCAUGUAUAUCCCUGGACCUAAGCAUGGCUUGGAAACCAAGGUAGUGAAUAUGCUGACUGUUGGAGAGAUUUUGAGGUGGGUGCUGUCUACUCCUGUUCAGUUCAUCAUAGGUUGGCGGUUCUACAGUGGCUCGUACAAAGCAUUACGCCAUGGUUCUGCUAAUAUGGAUGUCCUGAUUGCCUUGGGAACAAAUGCUGCCUAUUUCUACUCGGUUUACUCAGUGCUAAGAGCUGCUACUUCACCACAUUUUAAGGGUACUGAUUUCUUCGAGACAAGCGCAAUGCUCAUUUCGUUUAUUCUACUUGGAAAGUAUCUAGAGGUUUUGGCUAAGGGAAAAACAUCUGAUGCCAUUGCCAAACUCAUGGACUUGACACCUGAGACAGCAACACUGCUAACUCUGGAUGAGGAAGGAAAUGUUGUAAACGAAGAAGAAAUUGACGGUCGGUUGAUACAAAAGAAUGAUGUCAUUAAAGUUAUUCCAGGUACAAAAGUUGCUUCAGAUGGUUUUGUCAUCUGGGGGCAAAGCCAUGUUAAUGAGAGUAUGAUAACAGGAGAAUCAAGACCAGUGGCAAAAAGAAAGGGUGAUACAGUCAUUGGAGGCACUAUGAAUGAGAAUGGUGUACUGCAUAUCAGGGCAACGAGGGUUGGAUCAGAAAGUGCACUUUCGCAGAUUGUACGCCUUGUUGAGUCAGCGCAAAUGGCUAAAGCUCCAGUACAAAAGUUUGCUGACAGAAUUUCCAAAUUCUUUGUUCCACUGGUCAUUGUACUUUCAUUCUCAACUUGGCUUGCCUGGUUUUUGGCUGGAAAAUUCCAUGGCUACCCUGAAUCUUGGAUACCAAAAUCCAUGGACAGCUUUCAGCUUGCUCUCCAGUUUGGGAUUUCUGUCAUGGUUAUAGCUUGCCCAUGUGCUCUCGGUCUGGCAACUCCCACUGCUGUCAUGGUUGGUACUGGAGUAGGUGCAUCUCAAGGUGUAUUGAUCAAAGGAGGCCAAGCUUUAGAAAGUGCUCAUAAGGUGAACUGCAUUGUGUUUGACAAGACAGGGACCCUCACAGUUGGGAAGCCAGUGGUUGUUAAUACAAGACUACUGCAAAACAUGGUACUUGCAGAAUUCUACGAACUUGUUGCUGCAACUGAGGUGAACAGUGAGCACCCCUUAGCUAAGGCCAUUGUUGAGUAUGCUAAGAAAUUUAGAGAUGAUGCAGAGAACCCUUCCUGGCCAGAGGUGAAAGACUUUGUUUCCCUUACUGGCCAUGGUGUGAAGGCUGUUGUCCGGAACAAGGAAAUAAUUGUAGGAAACAAGAGCUUGAUGUUGAAUGAGAACAUUACCGUACCAAUGGAUGCUGAAGAUAUACUUAAAGAAGCUGAAGGGCAAGCUCAAACUGGAAUUCUAGUAUCAAUAGACGGGGAAGUAGCUGGAGUUAUUUCCAUAUCUGAUCCAGUGAAACCGGGUGCUCAAGAAGUCAUUUCGAUACUCAAGUCCAUGAAAAUUAGAUGCAUCAUGGUGACAGGUGACAACUGGGGAACUGCCAAUUCUAUUGCCAAGGAAGUUGGAAUAGAAGUAGGAAAAGAUACGGUUAUUGCAGAAGCCAAACCUGAGCAGAAAGCAGAGAAAGUGAAGGAUCUGCAGACCUCAGGAUACACAGUAGCAAUGGUAGGAGAUGGAAUCAAUGACUCACCGGCACUUGUAGCUGCAGAUGUUGGAAUGGCAAUUGGUGCAGGCACAGACAUAGCUAUUGAGGCAGCUGAUAUUGUUCUUAUGAAGAGCAACUUAGAGGAUGUGAUAACUGCAAUUGAUCUUUCCAGGAAAACCUUUUCGCGUAUUCGUUUGAACUACAUAUGGGCAUUGGGUUAUAAUGUGCUUGGCAUACCAAUUGCUGCAGGGGCACUUUUCCCAUCAACUGGAUUCCGAUUGCCUCCAUGGAUUGCUGGAGCUGCAAUGGCAGCGUCUUCAGUUAGCGUUGUUUGCUGCUCUUUGCUGCUAAAGUAUUACAAGAGGCCCAAGAAGCUGGAUAAGCUUGAGAUCCGUGGGAUAAAGAUUGAGUGAAUGUAAUAAAGUUUGUUUCAUUAUGUUGUGCAGAUCUCCUGAAACGUAGUCGGUUAGUUUGUUUUGUGAUGAAGAAAAAAAUUUAAAAAUAUGUUGUCUGCUUAGUACUGUUUGAUUGUAUGUACAUAAAUGUUUGGUUAAUGUAAUUUCUAGAUGAAUGGAUUUUUCUUGCA